AUGACUUUCCUUCCAAAGUGGUUAACUUUUCUGAAAGGCAAAGAAGUUGUUAUUGCUAAUGCUAUAAUUGCAAUACUGACAAUUGGUGGGCAGCAGCUUUUCUCUUUUUUCACGUUCAGCUGUCCCUGUCACGUUGGACAGAACCUUAUUUAUGGGCUGGCUUUCCUAGGAGUUCCUGCACUGAUCCUUCUGAUUGUUGGCUAUGCCCUGAAUAACCAGACUUGGAGGCUGGUUACAGGCAAAAGAUCUCAUUUUGAGAAGGUGACUAUAUCAAACCGGUUCCUGAAAUGCAAAUUGAUCUGCUUUGUCCUGUGUAGCAUCACUGGGAGAGCACUGGUUGCUCCAGUAACAUGGCUAGCAGUCACCCUGAUAAAUGGCUCAUAUUAUGUCUGUGCUGUGAGUGAGUAUGUCCCCACGUAUUAUUAUGGAGCUAAUCCUAAUGUUACUGCUAGUGAACACAGAAGGAUACUGGCUACAUUUCCAUGCAGUCAGUUAGUUCCACCAGAGAUGACCCGGGCAAGAGAUGAAGUGAUUCUCCUACUCCGAUACCAGUCACAAGUGGCUGGCUGGCUUCUGAUUGCUGUGGUAGUCAUCACUGUCUUCCUGUCUUACUGCCUGGCAAGCUGUUUCUCCCCACUCAGCUUUCUACAUCUCAGAUACUGGAGCAGCUAUGUCCACAAUGAGCAGGAGCUCUUUGAUGAGGCGACGGAGCAGCACUCCAGGCUCUACGCCAUGCAGCAUGUAAGGAAGUUUUUUGGCUUUGUCCCAGGAAGUGAAAAUGUAAAGGAAAUUCGCAUCCCAUCUCUCAGAGAGUGGCAAGCCAUUUCUGGACUGGCCUUUCUAAAACAAGUGGAUGAGGAGCACUAUGAUUAUAGUCUCCUCCAUGACUGGGCACUCAAGGAACGUGCAAAUGGAAAAUACUUGAAGACUGAUGAAGACCCUUUGAUCAAAACACAGCUCUGA